AUGACAACUCCCCCGGCGACACACUACAAGGACUUGACUCGAUUACUUCACCUUUCGAUUCACCAUUCGAGUCUCUUCCUUGUCCUUAGAGCCUUCCUCCUUCCGGAUGAAGAAGUCCUUAGCAUUCUCCUUACUCCGCAGUAUUUACAUUUUGCAUGCGCUUCAGGGCCACCUGUGCAGUUGGAACCUGUGGAUUUGAGCAUGAAGAGCUGCCUGCAGAAUUCCCGCCUCUCUUUGUCUCCUCCAGGUAAUUGA